AGCCGGUCGAGUCGCAGUUGUUCUCGGCUGGGAUGGGAGGGGGGCAGCUUGACAACCAGGCCCCCGUCUAGUCUCCCCUUCCCUUCCCCACAGAUGCGCCCGCUCCGCCCGACGCGCCGCUAUCUCGCUCGUUCAGACUGAAGGCGAGGACCGGGGGGGAAGCGAGCGCACGGCCCGAAGAAGACUGUGGUUCGUUCGUUCGUUUUCUGGGGGGUCCCGUGUAACACCGGGCUGAGCGAGCGGAGCGGAGGAUGACUCUGGAGUCCAUGAUGGCGUGCUGCCUGAGCGAGGAGGCGAAGGAGUCCAAACGAAUCAAUGCCGAAAUUGACAAACAGCUCCGGCGAGACAAGCGAGAUUCCAGGCGAGAGCUCAAAUUACUGCUGUUGGGCACAGGAGAGAGCGGCAAAAGCACCUUCAUAAAGCAGAUGAGGAUCAUCCAUGGAGCGGGAUACUCAGACGAGGACAAGAGGGGCUUCAUCCGCCUCGUCUACCAGAAUAUCUUCAUCUCCAUGCAGUCCAUGAUCCGAGCCACCGAGACCCUCAAGAUCCCCUUCAAGUUUGAGGAGAACCGGGCCAAUGCUGGGCUGGUGAAGGAGGUGGACAUAGAGAAGAUCAACAGCUUUGAGGAGCCUCACAUCUCGGCCAUCAGAACCCUGUGGUCUGACCCCGGGAUCCAGGAGGCCUAUGACCGGAGGAGAGAGUACCAGCUGUCCGACUCCACUAAAUAUUACCUGAACGACCUAGAGCGGGUGACUGCUCCAGGCUAUGUCCCCACACAACAGGAUGUGCUGAGGGUGCGAGUGCCCACCACGGGGAUCAUAGAGUACCCCUUUGACCUGGAGAACGUCAUCUUCAGAAUGGUGGAUGUCGGGGGUCAGAGGUCAGAGAGGAGGAAGUGGAUCCACUGCUUUGAGAAUGUGACAUCCAUCAUGUUCUUGGUGGCUCUGAGUGAAUAUGACCAGGUCCUGGUGGAGUCCGACAAUGAGAACCGUAUGGAGGAGAGCAAAGCGCUGUUCCGAACCAUCAUCACCUACCCCUGGUUCCAGAACUCCUCCGUCAUCCUCUUCCUCAACAAGAAGGACCUGCUUGAGGAGAAGAUUGCCUACUCACAUUUAGUGGAUUAUUUUCCUGAAUUUGAUGGUCCCCAGAGGGAUGCCCAGGCCGCCCGGGAGUUCAUCCUGAAAAUGUUUGUGGACUUAAACCCCGACAGUGACAAGAUCAUCUACUCUCACUUCACCUGUGCCACGGACACUGAGAACAUCCGCUUUGUGUUUGCCGCGGUCAAAGACACCAUCCUACAGCUCAACCUCAAGGAGUACAACCUGGUGUAGGAGCCGCCGAGCCCACUGCACUGCACAAAGCCCGGGCUGUGUGGCCUGUGCUCCUGUCUGUGGCAUCACCCGAUCACUCCGCCCCUGUCCCUCUCUGCCCCUCUCUGCCCCUCUGCCCCCCCACACCACACCCCUCUGGUCUCUGGCAGCUUGUGUUGAGUCCACAGCGGGUCUGUGUGCCCUGUCAUGUGGGCACACGGGCUCUGUGGGCAUGGGUGUGUUUGUGGCAGCACUCACUGUGACAACAUGCUUUGGUGAAAGAAGAAUCCAGACCGACUUUGAGUGGAAGAGAUGUACCUCUGACAGCAGCUAGAGGGCAGCACAGCACUGCUCUGACACACUCCAGUUGGACUACACUGCUGCACUUGGUGCACAAACAAAGGAAUGUACCAUCAGUGUGAGCUCAGCUACGGACUAUGAUUUUAAUGUUUCCAUUCUGAAGACGAAUGAAGUGCUUCUUUACUCACACAAAUCAAAAUACACCACACAAGAUUUUUAAACCAUUUUAAUAAUGUCUUUGUUGCUCUGUAUAUUUAAAAACGCUAAAUAGAAUUAUUUAUAACAAAAAAUGUUAGAGGCAACCAGACUUGACUACGUUGAUUUUGUGAGUGUGUAGAGCUUUUCAGUGAGAACAAUCACAUGGUCUGGGUUUGUCCUGUAGGCCGCUGCCACUGUAGUGCACGUGUGCAGGGCCACGCCCAUUCACUUUAGACACACGGCUCUGGGUCUGCCCCUCGCACCAGUGACCAUUCUAAAGUCAUUACACCACGGUUAGGUGCAUGUCCAUCCUCUGCCCUCUCCAACCCAGUUUGGACAGACAAAGGCCACGCUACUGUAAAUAAUAAUAAUGGGAAUACAUGAGAAGGCUGGUCAAAGGGUUUCUACAGUCUGGAAACAGUGGACUUGAUUUACUAAAAAAUAUUUAAAUUCAGAUUUGAUCAAAUUCCUGCCUGUUUACGUCCAAAAUUCUAACAUGUGAAAAGUCUUCUUUAUCAUAUGCAACUGUUGCUGCUGAAAUCACAUUUAUUGUCACAGGUGCUUUGCAAAUCAAAUUCCCCAGAAAACAUUGGUGAAUAACAUAUCUAGGUUCAUCAUAACAAGAGACUAAUUAACACACUAUUUCCCACUGGAACAGCCCACUUCUCCAGCCUGUAACCCAAGCACCCAUACACUAUUCGGUCUUCAUGUAUCACUUAUUUCCAUUGGUUUUGAUGCUGUCACGUUGGUAUUACCGAGGGCCUGUGCACAGUGUGGCAUAACCUUUAUUUAUCUUAACUUAUUUAUGGACCACAAGUCGGACUACUUUGUGUCGCGGAAGAACUCCCCACGUGGCAGAGCGUACUUGAGUCUCUGAACUGCUGUAUAAAUGAAUGUGCUUGAUAGUAAGGACAUAUCUUUGCUUUUUAUGUUCUGACACCACAUUUUGCCACUAUUCCAUGGAUAAGAAGACACUUUGGUUUUGUAGGAUUCUUCACGUUUGUGUGGACACUAUUUUUACUUGGUUUAGAGACGUAUUGCAUAUUAUAAUUGAGUAUUACACCAAGUUUUUUUUUGUUUUUGUUUUUUUUUACAAUUUCUUAUUCUGGCCACUUCUGAGUAUGGAUUCUAACUGUAAUGAUUUUUUUUUUUUGAGAUUUUGAAGGUUAAGAAUGUGCCAGAGAUGCGUGGUUAUAUUCUAGGAUCUGAAAUUUUAAUCCCAAUCCCCCAUUAAGGGCUAUAAUAGAGCAUACUUUAAAAAGGUUUACAUGCACAGCCCUCCCAAGUACUUUCUUUGUUAAAAAUAACCCAUUUCUAGACAAGAAAAAUGGCCCUUUUCUACAUCAGUGUUUCUAUCAAUACACUAAACAAUGCUGCUUUGGCCCCUAGUAUUACGAAAGUGGUGCAUGGCAAAGAAUAAAUAAGAAAGAAGAAAAGAAGGAAGAUAGAAAGUUAUAUAUAUGUUUUUUUCUUGUUGUAUGCCAAAACAAAAAUGAAAGAAAUUAACCUUAUUGGCCUUAUGCAAUGUAGAGCAUCUAAACACCAUUUUCUCCCUAUUAAAUGAAGUGCAAUGAUGAUAGUUUUAUAUCAGAUGCCCUCCCCUCUAACUCUACAAUCAGAGAAGAAAGUAGAAUGAGGGUAAAGUUAAGUUAGAUGCAAUUAGCUUUAUUAAUACAGGCAAUAUUCCUGAUCAUGAUUUGGUUAUGUUUCUUACCCAAAUCAUAGGUAAAAUGUUGCGGGUACAGGUUUGUAGGUUUUGUUGCCAUGCACUAAGGAGAGUCUAUAUGUCAUGAUGCCAGUAUUCUACAAAUGAAGGAUUUUUUGGUGGUAGUAAUAGUAGUUGUUAGUAUGGCACUGGACACUAACUUAUGGGCAAGGCCAAGUAAGUUUUAGUAUGAAUCCUGCGUAAUGUCUACAGUUGAAGUAGUAGAAAAUAUUGAAAGUCCAUGGAACACACAAAUGAAAGAAAAGUAUUUGUUUUGAAGUAUUGCCUUGAAGUAUGAAGGACUGCAGCCCUUUAACAGUCGGGCAGAGCAGGUGUACUCUAUGAGCCUGCGUUUGGAUCAUUCAGUCCCCUGUCACAUGACCAGAAGCAUUAGGACCAUUUUAUUUAUGUUGUGUAAUUUCUUUGUACAAAGCGAUGUAAAAUAUGUAUUAUACUGAGUGUGCCAACCCCACUCUAUAGAGCAAGGCUCACUGUAAGUGCCAACGCCGUGGUCACCGUGGGACCACCCGACCGCUCCCUCCUGAAGGAAAACACACUAGGCUAGAAGAGUUCACAGAGACUUUACUAUCUGUAUUUAAGAUUUAAAAAAAAUAAUCUGUUUUUUAAGAGACUGUAAUAAUAUUUGCAUGUGCUGUUUUAUUUUGUGUUGAAAGUGAGGGCUUGGUUUUUCAAUGAAGCAGACCCUUUAUAGAAGGGCUCAUGCAUUUGGUUUUUAAUGAUUUCCAUGAAUCUUGCCAUAUUUUUCAAUCGUGUUUCUGUAUUCGUUUGGACCACUGUUGCCUGAUCCUCAUUCAGACAUGAUUACGAUUCAUUGCCGCCUUUGAGAGAUACAUAAUGACAAGCUAUUUGUUUAAAUUAAAAUAAAUUGUUCCUAUACUUG